CUGCGCCGGCAACCGGUCGGCCCCACAAGGUUACAAUGAUAAUAGCGGCGCUCAUACUCGUCGCGCUAGCUGCGCUGUAUUAUUACAAUACAAGGACGUUCAACUACUGGAAAGACAGAGGUGUAAAACAUGACAAACCUAUGCUCCUGUUCGGAAAUAAUCUGAGUAAUUAUCUCCAGAAAAAAAGUGUUACUCAAAUUGCAACGGAGAUGUAUUUCAAAUAUCCCAACGAAAAAAUCAUCGGUUUCUUCCGGUCUACUCGCCCGGAGCUCGUGAUACGUGACCCAGACAUAAUGAAAAAGAUAUUGACGGUUGACUUUCUCCAUUUUUAUCCACGAGGUUUGAAUUCAAAUAAGACCAUUAUAGAGCCGAUGAUGCGGAACUUGUUUUUUGCGGAUGGAGACCUGUGGCGGUUGUUGAGGCAGCGAAUGACGCCAGCGUUCACGAGCGGCAAGCUGAAGGCGAUGUUCCCGCUGAUAGUGGAGCGCGCCGAGAGGCUGCAGGAGCGCGCGCUCGCGGCCGCCACCGGCGCACGCACCAUCGACGCGCGCGACCUCAUGGCCCGCUACACCACUGACUUUAUAGGCGCAUGUGGUUUUGGACUCGACGCCGACUGUAUAAACAACGAGACAUCUGCUUUUAGAAAACUAGGCCUUCAAAUAUUUGACGUAACAGCGAAGGACGCUAUCGUAGCGAUGCUUAAAGAAGUUUUCCCUCAAGCAUGUGCUCGUCUAAAAUACUUAGGUAAAAUGGAGCAAGACUUGAUCGAUCUUGUUAACGAAAUACAAAGACAAAGGAAUUAUGAACCCUCCGGAAGAAACGACUUUAUAGACUUACUGUUGGAAAUCAAAAAGAAGGGAACAAUGAUUGGCGAGUCGAUAGAGAAGUUCAAACCGGAUGGAACCCCAGAGCAAGCUACGUUAGAACUAGAUGAAAUUCUGAUGGCUGCUCAAGUGUUUGUAUUUUUCGCAGCCGGUUUUGAAACGUCAUCUUCAGCUACUAGCUUCACACUCCACCAGUUAGCAUUUAAUCCUGAUGUUCAAAAGAAAGUGCAAAGCGAAAUAGAUCGUGUAUUAGCCAAACAUGAUAAUAAAUUGAGCUACGACGCAAUAAAAGAAAUGACCAACUUAGAAUGGUGUUUCAGGGAAGCCAUGAGAAUGUUCCCUUCGCUUGGGUUUUUGAUCAGAGAAUGUGCUCGAACGUAUACGAUACAAGAAUUAGACGUGACAAUAGACGAGGGCACUGGGAUAAUAAUUCCACUACAAGCACUGCACAAUGACCCCAUAUUCUGGGAUCAACCUGAAGAGUUCCGACCGGAAAGGUUUCAUCCGGAUGUUUUCAAUUCGAUCCAAAAACAAAUUUACCUGCCUUUUGGCGAAGGUCCGAGAGUUUGUAUAGGUGAACGUUUAGGCCUGAUGCAGUCGAUGGCUGGACUGGCUGCCAUCUUAUCAAAGUUUACAGUAGAACCCGCUCCUGAAACGAUCAGGAAACCUAAAGUGGAACCCAAAUCAUCUAUUGUACAGGGUAUUCGAGGGGGUCUGCCACUCUUGUUCAAGGAAAGGAAGAUUGCGUAGCUGAUAGCUUGUGUACCUUGUCCUGGCUAUCAGGAUAUAACUAUCAGGAUUAAACUGCCUGUAAGAUCAUUUUUAAAAAUGCUUUCAUGAACGAAUAUUGAGCGUGACUUGAAAAUGUAAGCGUGAGAGUUUUAGAAGCAUUCAAAUCACUAUAAGUGUACAAAGUCGACUGGGCUCCGUCCCACCGAACAAAAAUUGACAAAUAGGGCCGUCAUAAAAAGUGGCAUAAAGUUGUUAAGGUAAUUAUGUAUCUAUUUGUUUAGUGUGUAAUAGAUAGAAUGCUUCCCUGAAGAUAUAAAUAAUUGACUAUUUUUAUAUUUACGCCCCAUUGAUGAUGAAUACAUAAGUUUUAAUAAUGGUAGUUAAUAAAGGUAGCACUUGGACUAAAUCAAUUUGAACUUUCACCGUUACACCUAUCACAAUUUACCAACAUUCUAUUGUUAAUAAAGCCACAAAAUAAAAAUUUAAUCCAAAAUUAAACGAUCUUAAGAUAAAAAGCAAAAACAACGUUGUAGGACUUGUAGGUCUAAAUAAACAUGAUUCACAUUUAAAUUGUGCGUCAGAGGAUAACAGGUUAUCAUAUUAUAUUACAACCUAUUAUAAUGUAGGUAUGUUUUCGUCCUAUCGGUCUGAUUCUAAAGUUCAUAAAUACUUACCUACUUAAGACAAAAUGAAUUCUCGAUGCAAUAUGUCAAAAAAAAAAAAGACUUUUUUCAAGAUUAUUAAAAUUACAAUCAAGCUGUAUAAAAUACCUGGCUAUAAAAUAUAUUCUUAAGUACUAAGUAUACUUGUGUCCAUUCUAAUAUUAUUGUUAUUUAAAUUUGUGUAUUAAUAUAAGUAUUUUGCGUUGUGUGUGGUUUUGUUUGUGGUAUUGUAAUGUUUGUAAAAUAGUAUAAUAUAAAAGCUUUGUUGUUCUGAUUCAAGAUCGUAUUUAUUUAUUUAAUAUAGCCUUAAAGGUGUCCUACUGUUAAACUACUGUAUUCCAUAUCUGAAUAAAAUAUUAAAUUAUUUACGUUUUGAUUAGGUA